CGAAGCUGUUCCAGUCGUCCCUUUGCUUCAGAGUUGCACAGGUCGUGUCUAACACUCCUCGAUUCUUUACAUUGUUUAAACGUGUAUCUCCGACAUUUGGAGCAAGCAAGACCAUGGCAGCUAAACAACGUGUUUGUAUUAUUGGAUCUGGAAACUGGGGUUCGGCUAUCGCGAAGAUAGUUGGAGCAAAUGCUAGUACACAAAGCAUUUUUGAUGACUGUGUUACAAUGUAUGUGUAUGAAGAAAUUAUCAAUGGAAGAAAAUUAACUGAAAUUAUCAAUGAGACACACGAAAAUGUAAAAUAUCUUCCAGGUCAUCAACUUCCACCCAAUGUGGUAGCUGUUCCAGAUCUAGUAGAAGCUGCAAAAGAUGCUGAUAUUCUCAUCUUCGUAAUCCCACAUCAAUUCAUUCAAAGAAUAUGUAAAACACUAUUAGGGAAUAUUAAGCCAACAGCAGUCGGUCUCUCUUUGAUAAAGGGAUUUGAUAAAAAAGAGGGUGGUGGAAUUGAACUUAUUUCCCAUAUAAUUGCAAGAGAACUGAACAUUCCAAUGGCGGUUUUAAUGGGAGCAAACUUGGCUUCUGAAGUAGCUGAAGAGAUGUUUUGUGAGACAACUAUAGGUUGCAAAGACCAAAAUAUAGCGCUGACAUUAAGAGAUCUAAUACAAACAUCGUACUUCCGAGUUGUGGUUGUUGAGGAUGUUGAUUCAGUUGAAUGCUGUGGUGCAUUAAAGAAUAUAGUUGCCUGUGGUGCUGGUUUUGUUGAUGGUCUAAGAUUAGGUGAUAAUACAAAAGCUGCUGUCAUUAGAUUGGGACUUAUGGAAAUGAUUAAAUUCGUAGAUGUAUUUUUCCCUGGUGGAAAACUAUCUACAUUUUUUGAAAGUUGUGGUGUAGCAGAUCUUAUUACAACAUGUUAUGGUGGGCGUAAUCGUAAAGUUUCAGAGGCAUUUGUUAAAACUGGCAAGACAAUUGUUGAAUUGGAACAGGAAAUGUUGAACGGACAGAAAUUACAAGGUCCCUUCACUGCUGAAGAAGUAAAUUAUAUGCUGAAAGCAAAAAAUAUGGAAAACAGGUUUCCUCUUUUCACAUCUGUACAUCGGAUUUGUAUUGGUGAGAUUAAACCACAGGAACUAAUUGAAUGCAUACGCAACCAUCCGGAACACAUGAACGAUGACGUUAAUGCAUCAAUGCUGCAACUACCUGCACCGAGAUGCCAUCUGUGAAGAUUAUAUUGGUGGACACGGAAGAGGGAUGAUGAUGCUCGCGUAUUAAUGUCUAAAAAAUUGUUACAAAUUUAUAGAUUAUUUUUGAGGUGUGAUAGAUGUUUAACAUACGAAAUGUUCAUACCAAUUUGAAACAAUGCAGAGAUAACAAUUACUAUAAUCAUAAGUACAAUAUAAUAUAGUACUUUUAGUCUCGAAAAACUAUGUUAUUGAUAAAGCCAUCAGUUUUCAUAUUUUCAUUAUGUUCUUUAUAUAGACACUUGUCUAUAUAAAUUUAAUGUAAUUGAUUCAUUUCUUUUUUAUGGUCACUAAAAUCUAUAAAAAUUAUAUUUUAUUAGAAAUACAUUUUAGUUAUAUUUAACUUCUGAUUGCAAUGUAAAAUUACAUAACUACCGUUAGGAAACGUUAACGGCCAAAAGGUAUUUGUACAGACGUAUUUGUAAUUAUUUCUUAAUUUUAUACAUUUUUAAAAAAUUUUAAAUAAAUUUGUUUUUUGAAUGUA